AUGACUUUUGGUGACCAAGCAGUCUACAUGUUCCUAAUCUCCGCCAGUGUGAUUCUUGUCUCUAUCAUCUUCACCUUCUGGAUGUACCCACGGAGGGUGCUCUGGUCCGCAUACAAGUACUCUGAGACAUGGAUUCUCGUCAAGUUUGGAAUCUUUGAUGUGUUCCUGAGGCUGACAGGGGGAAAACUACUUAAAGACAGCAAAAAUUUGUUAAAGAAUCUCGAGGAGAGCGUCGCGAGAAUAGAAAGCCGCCGUAGGACGGGUGCAUUCCAAAAGAAACGAGGCAUCGACUGGUUGGAUUAA